AGACACAGAUACAGUGAAAACAUUCUCACUCACACUGCGAAAGAGAAGGAGCCAGAAAACCGCUUCUUCUAGAACCAUACAAAACUCUUCAAAACUUAAACCCUAAAUCUCUCUUUUCUCUCUUCAUCCAUCAUCAUCACCUUCAACCAUGUCUUCUAUGCUGCAACCACAGAUCAUACUGUUGAAAGAAGGUACAGAUACAUCGCAAGGUAAACCACAACUUGUAAGCAACAUCAAUGCUUGCACUGCCGUCGCCGAUGUCGUCCGAACCACCCUAGGUCCUCGCGGUAUGGACAAACUCAUCCAUGACGAUAAAGGUUCAGUCACCAUUUCUAACGACGGCGCCACUAUCAUGAAGCUUCUCGAUAUCGUUCACCCCGCCGCUAAAAUCCUCGUCGAUAUUGCUAAGUCUCAGGACUCUGAGGUUGGCGAUGGAACUACCACUGUCGUAUUGCUUGCAGCUGAGUUCUUAAGAGAAGCUAAGCCUUUCAUUGAAGACGGUGUUCACUCUCAAAAUUUAAUAAGGAGCUAUAGGACUGCAUGCUCCUUGGCAAUUGAGAAGAUUAAAGAGCUAGCUGUUAGCAUUGAGGGAAAAAGUAUUGAAGAGAAGAAAACUUUGCUCGGAAAGUGUGCUGCUACAACACUUUCUUCAAAGCUUAUAGGUGGUGAAAAGGAGUUCUUUGCAUCUAUGGUUGUGGAUGCCGUAAUUGCAAUUGGGACUGAUGAUAGGUUGAACAUGAUUGGAAUAAAGAAGGUUCCUGGUGGUAACAUGCGCGACUCAUUUCUUGUCAACGGUGUUGCCUUCAAGAAGACAUUUUCAUAUGCUGGAUUUGAGCAGCAGCCUAAGAAGUUUCUCAAUCCAAAAAUACUAUUACUUAAUGUUGAGUUGGAGCUAAAAUCUGAGAAAGAAAAUGCUGAAAUAAGAUUAUCAGAUCCUUCACAGUAUCAAUCGAUUGUUGAUGCAGAAUGGAAUAUUAUUUAUGACAAACUGGAUAAAUGUGUCCAAAGUGGUGCCAAAGUUGUUCUGUCACGUCUGGCUAUUGGUGAUUUGGCUACUCAGUAUUUUGCAGAUAGAGACAUUUUCUGUGCUGGUCGUGUAGCAGAAGAAGAUCUAAAAAGAGUUGCGGCUGCUACUGGGGGAACUGUACAAACAUCUGUCAAUAACAUUAUUGACGAGGUUCUUGGAACUUGUGAGAUUUUUGAGGAAAAGCAAGUAGGAAAUGAGAGGUUCAACAUAUUCAAUGGAUGUCCAUCUGGCCAAACAGCCACUAUAGUUCUUCGUGGUGGAGCUGAUCAGUUCAUAGAGGAAGCAGAGCGAAGUUUGCAUGAUGCAAUCAUGAUUGUCAGAAGGGCUAUGAAGAAUUCAACUGUAGUCGCCGGUGGAGGUGCUAUAGACAUGGAAAUAAGCCGGUACCUAAGGCAACAUGCACGCACAAUAGCUGGAAAGUCUCAGCUUUUCAUCAACUCCUAUGCAAAAGCUCUUGAGGUUAUUCCUCGCCAAUUAUGUGACAAUGCUGGAUUUGAUGCAACUGAUGUGCUGAACAAACUAAGACAGAAACAUGCGCUUCCUUCUGGUGAGGGGGCACCAUAUGGGGUCGACAUAGCCACUGGUGGAAUUGCUGAUUCAUUUGCCAACUUUGUCUGGGAGCCUGCAGUUGUAAAGAUUAAUGCUAUAAAUGCUGCCACAGAGGCAGCUUGCCUUGUCUUAAGUGUGGAUGAAACAGUUAAAAAUCCCAAGUCUGAGAGUGCACAAGGAGAGGCUGCUGCAAGUGCCAUGGGAGGCAGAGGUCGCGGAGGCGGUUUCCGUGGUCGUGGACGAGGAAUGCGUAGAUGAUGAGACAUGUAUUCUAAUUGGUCAGCAUUAGUCUCAUGCAUUGAAUGUCUGUAAUAUGCGCAAUGCCACUGCAUGAAUGUUUCUGCUACUGGUGGUUGCUAGAAGCAUGCCAUAUUUUAUUGACUUACAGAUGAUGAUAUGAAAUGAUGGUAAUACGGGGAUUCUGGGAGCAUUAUCUAAUCAACCUAGGUUUUGAUGGUAGCAAUUUUCAGGCAUUGUCUUUUUGACAUUUGUUCAGUUUAUACGUUGGAGGGGUUGAAUUUAUUAUUAGAUGGUUGUUGUUGGGGACUUCGAUUUUGUGUGAAAUUUUGCUUAACCUUGUUCCCCUCACUAAACUAUUUUUGUUACCAAGUAUUUAUAUAUGCAUCUUAUUUCAUCUGUA